AUGAAAGAUGAUGGAAAGUCAACGCUUUCUGAGGGCUACUUUAUUCUACUGGGAUUUUCUAAUUGGCCUCAUCUGGAAGUAGUUCUUUUUGUGGUUAUCUUGAUCUUCUACUUGAUGACACUGACAGGGAACCUGUUCAUCAUCAUCCUUUCAUACCUGGACAUCCGUCUCCACUCUCCCAUGUACUUCUUCCUCUCAAACCUCUCUUUUCUGGAUCUCUGCUAUGCCACCAGCUCUAUCCCUCAGCUGCUGAUCAACUUCUGGGACCCAGAGAAGACCAUCUCUUAUGCUGGAUGCAUGAUUCAGCUUUACUUUGUCCUUUCACUGGGAACCACAGAGUGUGUCCUACUGGUGGUAAUGUCCUAUGACUGUUAUGCAGCUGUAUGUAGACCUUUGCAUUACACUAUCAUCAUGCACCCUCGUUUCUGCCACCUGUUGGCUGUGGCUUCUUGGGUAAGUGGUUUUACAAACUCUGCGCUUCAUUCCUUCUUUACCUUCCAGGUACCCCGGUGUGGACAUCACCAAGUGGAUCAUUUCUUUUGUGAAGUUCCAGCACUGCUGCAUUUAUCUUGUGUCGAUACCCGUGCAAAUGAGCUGACUCUAAUGGUCACGAGCUCUAUUUUUGUUCUCAUACCUCUUGUCCUCAUUCUCACAUCCUAUAGUACCAUUGCCAGGACCGUACUGGAAAUGAAAUCAUCUGUUGGGCUUCAGAAAGUUUUUGGGACAUGUGGAGCCCAUCUUAUGGUUGUAUCUCUCUUUUUUCUUCCAGUCGUGUGCAUAUAUCUCAGGCCACCAUCAAGAAAUUCUCAAGAUGAAGGCAAGUUCAUUGCCCUGUUUUAUACUGUGGUUACACCUAGCCUCAACCCACUAAUAUACACUCUCAGAAACAAAAAUGUAAAAGGGGCAGCAAAGAGACGAAUGGGAUUGGUGUGA